AUGGAGUCGCUCACACCCACCAAACAACCUAUCGCCAUUCGUCCAGAACAUAUUGCUUCAUCGAGCACAACAAUUCAGGUGAAGCAGCAUAGCGCAAGCUGGUCCAGCGGCAAAUUUACCAUCUCAAGCACCCCAACUGCCGAAGACCCUCUUUUCAGCAAGCUCUUUAGCGUCGAUGGUGACGUUGCAUCAUUAUCUCAGCGACGACAUUUCUGCGACGCCUCAGGUCUUCCCCUUUUCGAGAUAUCUCGGAAAAAGGUCGGAGUAACAUGGUAUCUUCAUCUUCCCGGCGAGAGCAGCAGUACAGGAAGCUCCUCCGAGCCUAUUGCUACGGUUGUACCGAAAUGGAGCGCUCUCAAAGACAAAUUUGAUGUUCAUCUCCGGAAUGCUUCUGCAAAUGGAGAGGAGACAGUACUGGAGGUUCGCGGACAGAAUGUUUGGAAGACGAAGACACAUGUUACUCAUCGUGGUAAAUUGGUUAUGGUGGUAAAAUUGACCGAUGUGGCUGCGGUUUAUCUCCCCGGAAAACGACCGUCGUGGGAAGUGGUGGUGGCAGAAGGAAUGGACCUUUCGCUGGUAAGAUGGCCUAUCUUUUGCCCAGAUGGUGGAUAUAGUUGA